AUGGAACAAUUUCCAAAUACUGAAAGUGUUUCUCCAAAAAGUAUGGAUUAUUUAACUAAAGUAGCCAAAAAAAAAGAUGCAAGUCAGGCUGAAAUUGAAGCCAUUACAAAUCUUCUUGAUCUUAAAAAAAGAGAGCUGGAUGAGGCACGGACAUUUUAUAAGGAGAAUAGAAGUAAUAAAUGGAAGGAGAAAUUUCGUCGCACCAAUUAA